AUGGACAAGCGAAACCGAGAUGAUGUAGAUCUCUAUCCUAGUAUCCUUUCAACAAGCUACGACAUUGCACAGUUGUGGGAAGUCGAAGGUGAAGUUGAAAAGUUUGCUAAUGAAAAAGAUGAUGCGAAAGAAGAGCUGUGUGGUCUUGAAGAACUAGACAACAUCAACAACCCUACGUUCAAAGCUGGCUCAAAGAAAAAUCGAAAGGUGAGUAACCGUUUUGACGAAGAAGGAGUUUUUUCUAUGAACUGUGCGAGACAUGGCGUGCCUAUUCGAUUAUACGAUAUUCAUAAUGGCGAAGGGCGUAAGUACGCACUUGCGGCUAUCAGUCAUCUUAUGAGUUUAUUGGGUAACUCUCAAAAACUAUUAAUUAUGUAUGACAUUAUUUGUCUGUGUAAGGGCAAAUUAGAGUGUUCCACGCCUAUGCUCAUAGCAUGCACUGUUAAGUCCAACAUCAUCCACGAGUUGUCAAUGGCAGUGGCAAUACCGAGCGCUUCUGGAGCACAGCAAAUCGCUUCAACCGUUGAAUAUUUGCUGUUGAAUGACUUGAGAGAUGAAAGUGGAAGAAAAUUUGAAAUCACUAUCAGGAAAGAUAUCAAUAGAAACAAUUUUUUGGUCGAUCAAAUCAAGCAAUUACAAUCUGUGUAUGGGUAUGCGAUGAUCAACAGCCUAGAUGAUCCAGCCUUGCAAGAACGUCGAGAACGGAUCAUUGAAGUUCGAUACAAUGUAAUGAAUACAUUUGUAAAACACCUCUUGUUUGCAAUUCUGAUGAAAGAGCACAAGAUAUCUCAACCUGGCUCAUUUGGCACUGCAAAGGCGGUCAGAGUUAUUUUGUCGCUUGAAAUACUGAAGAAGAAAGCAGAGGCGAUCAUUUCGAUGAUAUACAAAUUUGUAGAAACCUCAUACAGUACGCAGGCAGAGAUCGACAGAAGAAAGAAGAAGACAGUCGGAAAAGAAGUGGAACGGGUCAGACUGUAUGCUGCCGAAAAUGGUCUGGAUUUGCCCACCCCUUUGAACAACUGGCAUAUAUUGAAAAGAAACGUCGAAGAAAUUUCUAUUUUGAUAGGUGAAGCAAAGAGGGUUCUUGGCAACUACGAAGGUGAGUUGUCAUCGUUGAGGGGAAAACAGAACAAUCAUUUUGUCAGAAUGAGAGUUCUGGACGUUGCUCGCCGUCAACGCAGUGCCAAGUUACUGUUGAAAAAUGUUUCAAGAUCCAAACCUCCGGUAUUGUUUGCAAGCAGAGAUGCCUCUGACUUGCUAAACAAUGUCGUUAUUUUUCCUGAGGUGGAUCUUAGCGAUGACGAGAAUGAAAUUUACGACAACAAUGAGGAUGAUGUGGUUGACGCCGGUGAUCCAGACGAUGCAGAUGCUGGUGAAGGCGGUGAGCCAAACCCAGAAGACGAAAGUCUAAUCACAUUUCAAGACAUUGAGGAAGGAUCAUAA